GAUAUACAUGGGGUAUUCGCUGACUACCAUUUACCCUGCCGAUUUAAAUGCGGCUAUAAUCCAAUACACGGCCAUUUGCCGACUUAUUCGAACAGUGCCCGAUCUGAGGGGAAAAUAGCCAUGCCGGGGUAUCCCAUAGUAGCAGCGAUCGACUUCGGUACAACCAAUUCUGGGUAUGCUUUCUCGACUAUAGACGACUAUAAAACAUCGCCCUUGAAGAUAUCAGCUAUUUCCUGGGUAUCCGGAUCCAACAGACUUCAGUCUCAAAAGACACCGACUUGUGUUUUAUUUGACGAGAACAAGCGUUUUCACUCGUUUGGUUAUGAAGCGGAGGAUAAGUACUCCGACUUGGCAUUAGACGAUGAAGAAGAGGACUGGUACUUUUUUCGGAGGUUCAAGAUGGAACUAUACAACCGCAAAGAGUAUGAUAGCAGUUUCGAACUGAAAACCCAAGACGGAAAGAAAUCGAUGAAAGCAAUAGACGUGUUUGCUGCUUGUAUCGAAUACCUAAAAAAUCACUUACUGGCGACUGCAGAUAAACAGGGUGUAAAAUUCGUUGACGGGGACAUCCAGUGGAUCCUAACAGUGCCAGCUAUAUGGACAGAGCCGGGAAAGCAGUUCAUGAGGAAGGCAGCGGAUCAGGCUGGAGUGCCUUCCAAACACCUCAAGCUUGUGCUAGAACCGGAAGCUGCGGCUAUUUAUUGCACCAACUUGCCGAUGGACAAGAUAACUGUAGAAGGUUCGGGAGAAAAAAUGUCAGUGUUUCAGAAAGGAACGAAAUACAUGAUUCUCGAUUGUGGGGGAGGAACAAUUGACCUCACAAUUCAUGAGGUACAGGAUGGAGGUGCCCUGAAGGAACUUCACAGGGCAAAUGGUGGCGACUGGGGAGGAACAAGUGUAGACAAAGAAUUCGAGCAACUUUUACAGGAUCUCGUUGGCAAGGAUGUGUUUCAAACUUUUCAAAAAGAAAGCAUAGCAGAUGUUCUAAAUCUGUAUAGGAGCUUCGAAUUGAAGAAAAGAAGCAUCCAAGAGGAAAAUGACGACAUGGUCACCAUCACCAUCCCUCCAAUCCUACAGCAAUUAUGUAAGAAACAGAACAAAGGUGGGGAUCCAAUUGCUGCUAUCGCGUCGAGCGGAAAGUACGCAAAUGUUACAUUGAAAAGAGACAAACUUCAAAUUCCAAACAAGCUUGCGAAAACUCUGUUUACAAAAUCCAGAGAUAAGAUUGUCUCCCACGUGAAACAAAUUUUUGCCGAGCCAAAGGUGAGAGGGGCAACUAUUGUCUUGAUGGUUGGGGGCUACUCCGAAUGUGAACUUUUACAGCGUGCUAUACAAUCUAACUUCAGUGACAAGAAAAUUAUUGUGCCGUUCGAAGCUGGCCUAUCAAUUUUGAAAGGAGCAGUAAUUUAUGGGCAUGCGCCAAAUAUCAUUACAUCACGCGUUUGUAGAUUUACGUAUGGUGUCGCUUGUAACAGGAAAUUCAAAGAGGGGAAGGACAAGGCGGAAUACAGGGUGAAAGGAGCGAAGGGAGACAGUAGAUGCCUUAACGGAUUUAAGAUAUUUUCCCCUAAAGACCAGUCAGUAGACCUUGGGACGGCCGUUCAGAAGUACACCUUCCAUGUCAGCGGUGCAAAGGAAACUGGAAUCGACCUUCCAGUCUACGCCUCAGAAGACAUCAACCCCGACUACGUUACAGACGAAUCGUGCCAGAGGCUGGGAAUUCUAAAAAUAGAGAUGCCGGACACGUCCCGUGGGUUAGAUAGGUCGGUGGAAGUGGAAAUGAUUUUUGGUGGAACAGAGAUCGAAGUUAAAGCAAUUGAUACAAAAACAAAACAGGAAACACUGGCAUCUUUCAGUUUUGUUGGAUAGGAAGAAAAUACUUGUGGUAAAGCGUAUUGACAUCGUUGAUUAUCUCGUAAGAACGUAACGGCUUAAAACACAGGUUAUGUACAUUGUAUUUGUUAUCUUUUUAAAAACAUUUUAAAAUACAGAAGACAAUACUUUG